UACCAGCAGAGGCAGCCAGAGAGAUCCCUAACACAUAGAGGCAAAGCAAAGCUGCCGUACAGCAUGACGGCACUCACAAUUACCGGAAGCAUUUCUGUAAUACAGGGACUGUCGUCCUCCCGCAAGAGCUCGGAAGUGUCCUUUUGCUAACCAACUCCGACGAGCGUGCGGCCGCAAGGGACAGGUUCCUUUCUUAUGCAACAACACUGGCAAAUAUACUCACGAACACUCUUUUGAUUCAUAGAUACGGAUUUAUUGAGAGAGGUGAGGGCCCCAUGAGGAUAAGAGAGGUGAGUGGGUUGAAGAAGGAGAGAGAUUCGCGGAGCAAGGGGCUGUUCUAUUGGUUAUUUCUUGGCAUUCUCUUGCAGUUCCUUGAUUCCAUUUCCAACGCCAGCUGUACGACGUCUAAUGUUAAAUGGCAAGGGCUGAGUUGGUGGGUAGGCGGGCUUUAGAUAGAGCAGUUGUAUAUUCUGCAAGAGAGAAAGGGAGCUGCUCUUCCUAAUACCGCGGAAGCAGGUGAAGCUGUAAGAGAGAUGAGCAAUGCCUAGACAAACAACAGUUGCUGUCAUUGUGGCCACUCUAUUGGGUGUUACAGCAGGAGGCCUGUUUUUCUGGAAAGUUACCCGACGUCGGAAAGACAAAGCCUGCAUCCCACUUAACCGAGGAGGAGCUGUCAAAGAACAAGGAAGGGAAGAUCUCCCAGGAGAAAAGUUUCUUCCACUCUUCUCUACCACUGUCCCCUGGGUAGAGAAGAUCCUUAGGGGAGAAAUAGUGAUUGUUUCUGAUGCAGAGGGUUGGAAUAGACUGCAACCCUUGCUGAAGGAGGAGUUGGAAUACUGUCCAGUUCUUGGAAUCGACUGUGAGUGGUGUCACAGUGUCACAGCAGACCAUCUUCCGACGGGUGUGGAUCAAGGGGCACCGCGUGGUGGAAAGGGCAGGCAGGCCUCUUUUGAAGGGAAGGCCAAGCCUGUCUCUCUCCUGCAAAUGGCAGCCUCCAGCGGUCUUUGUGUCCUUCUUCGCUUACCCAGGCUGACUAGUGGUGAAAAGACUCUUCCUAAGGCAUUGCUGGAAAUCCUAGCAGAUGGUGGCAUCCUGAAAGUUGGGGUAGGAUGUUGGGAAGAUGGCUGCAAGCUGCUUCAUGACUACGGGGUAACGGUCAGAGGGAGCGUUGACCUCCGGUAUCUGGCCAUGAGACAAAGCAAGUCCCUCCCACCAAAUGGACUCAGCCUCAAAUCUCUAGCGGAAAGGAUCCUGAACUACUCACUUGACAAAUCUCUUCAUCUGCGUUGCAGCAACUGGGAGAGUGAGCAACUGACUGAGGAACAGAUUGCUUACGCUGCCAGGGAUGCCCAGGUGUCAGUAGCUCUGUUCCUGCAUCUACUGAGACUUCCCUUUGUCCCACAAGUAGAAAGAAGUGAGCAAACUCUUCCUGGUUGGGAAAAGGGCCUGAGAAAGUGUCAGGACUUGGUGGAUGUACCUUUCAAAGGGAGAAACAAUAGUUGCUUUGGUGAUGAUGAGACCAAAGAUGGAGACUUGCUGCAAAAAGCAAAAAAUCAAUGGCCGCUAUCUAACGAGCAAUCUGCAGUCAACCAGCCAGCAAAAGACCCUCGGAAGCACAAGCGGAAACCCCUGGGAGUAGGAUAUUCUGCUAGAAAAUCUCCCCUGUAUGACAAUUGCUUCCUACAUGCACCAGAUGGGCAGCCUCUAUGCACUUGUGAUCGCAAGAAGGCGCAGUGGUAUCUUGACAAGGGCAUUGCGGAGUUAGUGAGUACAGACCCAUUUAUUGUGAAGCUACUAUUUGAACCUUCUGGACGUCCUGAAUCUCAGGUGGAUUAUUAUUUAACAGUCAAAGAGAACAUGUGUGUUGUUUGUGGCAAGACAGAGUCUUAUAUCCGAAAGAACAUAGUGCCUCAUGAAUACCGGAAACACUUCCCCAUCCAGAUGAAGGACCACAAUUCUCAUGACGUGCUCCUCCUGUGCACUGCCUGUCAUGCUAUUUCCAAUUACUAUGAUAACAAUUUGAAGCAGAGGUUGGCUGAGGAGUUUGGUGCCCCCAUUGGCUGCGAGGAGGGUGUUCGCCUGUUAGAAGAUCCCAUCCGCAGGCAAGUCCGUUCAGGUGCUAGGGCUCUUCUGAAUGCAGACGGCUUGCCUGAUACUAGGAAAGAAGAACUGUUACAGGUGGUCAAGGACUACUUCCACGCUAUGACAGUGUCCCAAGAAAUGCUACAAGAAGCUGCUGGACUGGAAACCAGGAUUUGCAAUGAGACCUAUAUGCCACAUGGUCUGAAAGUGGUGCAGUGUUUUGCCAGAGCGGGUCUCUACUCCCUCAUGCAGCUGGAGAGACGCUGGCGCCAGCACUUCUUGGACACUAUGCAGCCCAAGUAUCUCCCAAAGCAGUGGUCUGUUGAUCACAAUCAUGAGAAAUUGAUCCGAAAGUAUGGAGAGGAUCUCCAGGUUGAAUUGUCUUGAAAACUGGAGCUUCCAGAAGAUAUUCAUAGCCUGAAGUGGCUGACAAACUUAGCAAAAUGUAACUGUUUUCCUUUGAUCUCCCAUGUUUCCUUUAAUCUCCCAUGCUGGUUAUGUUAAAUUAGCUUGUUCCCUUCUACUGAGUCAGACCAUUGUUCUGUUAAGGUCAGUACUGGCUAUUGUGAUUGGCAGUGGAUUUCCAGGGUCUCAAGCAAAAGCCUUCCAUAUCACCACCUGCUUGAUCUUUUUAAUUGGAGAUGCUGGCAACUAAACCUGAGACCUUCUCUACCACUCAGCCAUAGCCCCUCUCUUGAAUUGGUUAGGAAACUGUUACUUGUGCGUGUUGACAAAACUGCAGCAAGGUUAAAACAUUUAAUUCAGCAUGGUGUAAGUGGUUAAGAGUGGUGCACUUAAAUCUGGUGAAUUGGAUUUUUUCCCCAACACCUCCACAUGAAGCCUGCUGGGUGACCUUGGGCAAGUCACAGUUCUUUCAGAACUCUCUCAGCCUCACCUACCUCACAAGGUGGCUAUUGUGGGGACGGGAAAGGAUGGAGUUUGUAAGCUGCUUUGAGAUGCCUUGCAGUAGAGAAAAGCAGGUUAUAAAUCCAAACUUUUCUUCUAAAUUUUGAAAUACAAUUUGAAUGGACUUACUUGAACUCUCUGCUUCUUGUUCUAUUGAUUGAUUUACUACCAGUGUACCAUUAAAGCUACUGCUGGCAGGAAAACAUAUUGUUGCCAAGUAACAGAUAUACCUCUUCUACCACAGCAUUACCUCUUGGCUAUAGUACACUGGUAUAUGGGGAAAAAAACUUGAACUCCAUGUUUCUCAGGAGGCGACAUAGCAGGAUGCAGUGAUGCUGUGGGAACAUGUUAGAUUUUGGCUUUUCAUUUUUGUGUGUGUAAAAAACCCCCUGUCAGUAAUCAUAUGUAAUGUUAUGUUGAUUCCACCAAUUCCUCUCUCAGGACUUGGGAGUCUCCCCCUCCCCCCCCCCCCGCCAAUGUGCUGGUACUUACUCCUGGGGAGUACCAUCACAAAAAAAGCCGAGUUACAUUCAGAAAUGACUAUGUCAAUUUUCUAGGUCAUUCCUUCUUUAAAAUGGUUAGGUAAAAGAACAUGUUUGGGUGACAAAUGAGAAUAUGGAUGUGCUCUAAAGAGGAGAUGAAUAUUUAGCCCCUCACGCUUGGAGCAGGAAAACAUUGACAAUGGCAGUUUGAGCAGCAAAAAAGCAGCACCAUUGUAGAUUCCUCCUGGGGGUCAGCAAGCUAAUUGUGACAAGGGCAAAUGCAUCCACACAGCUGUAUGGAGUCAACAAAAUCCCAAUUCCUGCCUUUUGGCAAAAGUUUGGAGAAAGUCCACACGAGGUAACGAGAUGAAUGGAAAAACUUGCAGCUACAAAUGUACCCCGUAAGGAUAUGUAAUGAGAUAAUUGCCUCUCAUCCUAUGAAGGAAUAUUUUUUGUGAAAAUUCCUUUUUUUAGCUAAGUAGCCAUAGAUACCUUGUAGAGUCUGUGACAGAUAAAAUCUCUGGGAGAGAACUUAUUUUGAACAGUACAAGAAAAUUGGGGGUUCUGAAUAUUUAAACUGGUAAACCAGUCAGAAACUUUCUGUGAGUGAAUUAUCUUUUUGGGGAAAGUAUUUUUGUUAGGGAGGAAAUUUUAAAAAUGCAUACGAAUGCCAGUUAACCUUUUAACUACUAAAAAACUGCAUGCAUGGAAAAUUAUAUCUCCUAAACUUUCUCAAAUAUAACUGAAUAUAUGAGAUUGAAUAGAAUUCAGGUUUCAAUUAACUGUCUUAGAAAAUUGUGGAAGCCCGAAGUCAUCUUGCAGGCGCAUCUUGAUACAUCUUAAUACUAGCUUGUUGUCUACUUUAGCAAGAUUAAAAUGCUAAAUGUAACUUUUACUUACAACUGAAGCAACAAUAAAUGUAUCAUUUCUUUAGUUACUCUAAGUGUCAGUAGAGAAAAGAAAUCCUGCAUUUUCAUCCUGAACAGCUGCUGAACUUACAGUGAAGUUAUAAAAACUACAUGAGAAUGUA